CACAGGCCCGGCCCACUUAACAGAACGACUUCGUAUAACAUAAAAUUCGAGAAUCAAUGGCAAUUAUGGCGUCAGCGACGCUGUCUAACGAAGGAGUCACUCUUGUCAAAAAAAAAAAAAAAAAAAAAAAAACGAAGGAGUCAAACCGUAGAGGACAAAACCUCGCACACGGAGCUCCUUCCUCCUCCUAGUAGCGUCUUUGCUUUUGACGAAGGGGAAAACGGAAAACCAAACCUGAAACAAAAGUUCGCCUUUUCUCGAUCUGUCGGACUCGCUUCAUUCGCACGAAAUCCUCAGAGCAGGUAGGUAGGUACGCAAGAGAUUCCGAGCUUCAAUUGCUGUUUCAGGGUUCCGUUGAAUGGUGAUGGUUGGUGGUUACUAUUAAUGGGGAUGAUGAUAAGAAUUGUCUUUUUUCUUGUUUUAGGGCUUGGAGAGUCUAAUUGGGAGAUCAUCGACGGCUGGUCAAGAAGAUGUGGGCUGCUUCCUGUCUCGCGUCGUGCUGUGCGGCCUGCGCUUGCGAUGCUUGCCGCACCGUCGUCUCCGGGAUAAGCCGGAGGUCUGCAAGAAUCGCCUACUGCGGCCUCUUCGGUCUCUCUCUCAUCGUCUCCUGGAUUCUCCGCGAGGUUGCGGCGCCCAUGAUGGAGAAAAUUCCAUGGAUCAAUCAUUUUCAUAAGACGCCUGAUAGGGAGUGGUUUGAAACCGAUGCUGUCCUGCGUGUUAGUUUGGGAAACUUCGUGUUCUUUACCAUUCUGGCUAUUAUGAUGGCGGGUGUUAAGAGUCAGAAAGAUCCUCGUGAUAGUUUGCACCAUGGUGGAUGGAUGAUGAAGAUCAUCUCUUGGUUCCUAUUGGUGAUCUUUAUGUUCUUUGUGCCAAACGAGAUCAUCAGCUUCUAUGAAUCAAUAUCCAAGUUUGGUUCUGGAUUGUUCCUUCUUGUUCAAGUUGUGCUUUUGUUGGAUUUUGUUCACGGAUGGAAUGAGAAAUGGGUUGGAUAUGAUGAACAGUUUUGGUACAUAGCGCUGCUCAUUGUGUCACUUGUUUGUUAUGUAGCAACAUUCGUUUUCUCAGGGUUUCUCUUCCACUGGUUCACACCUUCUGGGCAGGACUGUGGAUUCAACACCUUCUUAAUCGUUAUGGCCCUGAUUCUUGUGUUUGUUUUUGCACUUGUUGCACUUCAUCCUGCUGUGAAUGGAAGUAUUUUGCCGGCUUCAGUGAUAUCUCUGUACUGCAUGUAUCUCUGCUAUAGUGGACUUUCAAGUGAGCCAAGAGACUACGCAUGCAAUGGUCUUCACCAUUCAAAGGCUGUGUCAACUGGCACUCUUACUCUUGGUCUCCUCACAACUGUUCUGUCAGUUGUAUACUCUGCUGUCCGAGCUGGUUCUUCUACCACCCUACUUUCUCCCCCUAGCUCUCCCCGUGCAGGUAAGCCACUGCUGCCCAUGGACAGCAAGGACGAUGAGCAUGAAGAGAAAGAGCAUGCUAAGCCUGUCUCAUACUCGUACUCUUUCUUCCACAUUAUUUUCUCCCUGGCUAGCAUGUAUUCGGCAAUGCUUUUGACUGGUUGGUCGACCUCAGUCGGGGAGAGUGGAAGGUUGGUCGAUGUCGGGUGGCCAUCUGUGUGGGUCCGCGUCCUUACAGGAUGGGCUACUGCUGGUCUCUUCAUCUGGUCGCUGGUUGCUCCAAUUUUGUUCCCAGAAAGGGAAUUCUGAAUCUGAGGCUGCUUCACUCGGUGGUCUGGGUGCUAUGGUGUUUUCUACAUGACCGUUGUAUCUGUGUGUAUAUAAUAUGACUGAGGAUUUCUAAAUGUCCGAAAUGAAGGCACAGAGUCUUGCCAACUACUGUUUGUUGUGAUGUAAUCGACCGACUAUGGCUCUCUCUAAACUACCCAAACUGCUGAAAUUGCUUUGAGCUUUUAUGUGCUUCUUGUAUCUGUGUUUCGAUCGACAUUUGCAUCUCGCCUUUAUCUCUGUUGAAGUGCAUGUUUUCUGUGUUUGGAAAAUGAGUGUCGAAGUCACCAUUAGCUCAAUCAAUGUAAUGGAUGCGGUAUUGGAUUAGCAACAAUGGUAGCAUAAGAGGGAACAAAAUUGUGAAUAGCCUAUGCAUACAGGAAGUGUGAAAACACGAGUAAGUACUUGAGACUUCCUCCCAUUGUUGGUCAAUCUAAGAAGGUGGUGUUUGCUUACGUUAAAAGAGCGGAUUCAGAACAAAAUUCAGGGUUGGAAACUUGAAAGGGUAAGUUGAUGAACCAACGGUUAAUUAACAGUUCUAUAAUGCUUAACUUUUCAACCAUCAACUAUCAAUUUUUUCGAUUGAGGAUCCAGUUCGGUUAUGAAAAUGUUGGAUAAAAUACAUACUAUCUUAUAUUCAAGUAUAUACCGAUUCCGAUAAAGUACAUCUAUAAUAUCAAAUAACACUUGAAAUUCAAUCCUAAUCAAAAUCUCAUAAAAUAAUGGUUGUAUUUGUUUUAUAGGGAAAUUCAAUACUUAAUAUCAAAAUACCAGUACUAAACUUCCAACUCUCCUUCUUUUUGUCACCAAUCAACGGUUGGGAUUAGGGCUGGAAGUUUGGUACUGGUAUUUGGGAUAUACCGAAUAUCAUACCAAAUUUGUCUAUUUUUGGUAUUAUCGAAUACACAUAUUAUUUCUUGGGAUUGGGAUUGAAUUUCAAUUUUUAUUCGGCAUUAGGGAUUACGGGAUUGGGAUCGGUAUAUACCGAAAUACCGAUCAAUAAAAAAAUAUAAGCUAGUGUGUAUUUUUUAUCCUCCCAACUAGACUCUCUCAUUCACUACUACACGAUCCUCAACCAUCAAGAGUGCCAUUUAAUUAUACAUAGAUAAUUCCAUCACUAUUUCACAACUUAGAAGUCCUCAUCAACUCAAAUUUGACUUUUCAAUUAAAAUCACUUUCGUCUCUCACCUAAUCUCUUGUUAUUUUCAUAGCACCAAAAAAUAAUAAAAGUAUUAUUGUCUCUCAACCUCCAAUUCGCCAAAUUAAAGAUUACCAAUGACAAGAACUUUAGAUGUCACCUCUCCUCCAUUCUUCUUAUCCAUAUCAUAGCUUUAAGAAAACUCAUUACUCAAG